GCUCUUUCACAGUAGCUAUCUAACAUUAUGGGACUAUCAUGAAAUAUAGCCAUAAAAACACACCAUUGAGUAAAAUAAGGGGACCUACUUGCUAUUGAGACACACUUGGCUUUGUGUGAGGUAAAUAUCCCCUCCUCCCUCCCCUCAUAUAUUCAGUUUGCGGGCUUAGUUGUGUUGCAGAGCACCUUCAGGGUGCAGGAGAGGCAGCAGCAGAGAAACACGUGUUUGUUCUUUGUCUUUGUUCGUUUUUAUUUAUUUUUAUUUUAUCGCCUGUUUGCGUUUCUAGUCAGUUGAGCCGUGAAGCGGUGGCACAGGAGGAGCUAAGACCGAAUGGAAGCGAAUUGAUCAAGAAAGAGGAAGAAGGAGCAAACAGAAAGGAAAGAAGGUCCUUUAUGUUUUCUGAAGAUCUUUAAGCAAGUGACUGCGUUUUUGACAGAACAAACCCAGCCAAUGAAAACGUGCUGUGCAUUUAGAGACGAAAGGGGAACAUUGAGGAGUGGACUUGUGACCUCCAGCAUUCCUUGUAACAGAGGGCGAGCUCACUGAUGUCAGUCUGCCUUGUGAUUGGCUGGAGCGAUGGCAGGUACCAAGGUGGAGAAGCUCGAGGGAGGCAGAAGGCCACCGGGGGUCAUGGCCCCGCCGGAAGGUGGCUGGGGCUGGAUGAUCGUCGCUGGCUGUUUCCUCGCCACCAUCUGCAUCAGGGCAGUGACCAGAUGUAUUUCCAUGUUCUUUGUGGAGUUCCAGCUGCACUUUGAGAAGGAUUAUUCGACCACCGCCUGGAUCAAUAGUCUGAUCGACGCCACCACCAUGCUCUGUGCUCCUCUGGGUGGUUUCCUUGGGGACCGACUCUCCUGCAGAGCUACAGUGAUCCUGGGAGGUCUGCUGUCUUCUUCUGGUCUGGUCCUCAGCUCCUUCGCUUCCAGUCUGGAAUAUCUAUACAUCUCCCUGGGCAUCCUCCCAGGUCUUGGCUUUGCUCUUAGCUACACACCAGCUAUAGCGAUGGUUGGGAGGUACUUCAGUGAGAGGAAAGCUCUGGCCUAUGGCAUCGCCAUGUCUGGGAGUGGCAUUGGGACCUUCAUCCUGGCUCCUGCAAUCCAGCUGCUUAUAGAGCAUUACUCCUGGAGAGGAGCUCUUCUCAUCCUGGGAGGAUUUGUUUCCAACCUGUGUGUCUGUGGUGCUCUGAUGAGGCCGCUGGAACCAAGAAGAAGUGAAGGGAUAUGGGAGAACAAUAUGGCAAACCUGGAGAAAGAGUGUAUGACAACAGCACUGGAUUCCAAAGACACUGAACAAGUACCUGCUGAUUGCAGCCAAGUGGAAGCAAAGCAGCUGGAAAUAAACAACUUAAUGGAUACUCAAAGGCUACUUAUAGCCAAUGGAGCACUCAAAAACUUUGACCUUAAAAACAAUAAACUAGUUCAGGGGAACAUAGCGCUGCUAUCAAGUUCAAGCCCGUCUGAUCGGAAGAUAGCUGAUUGCAUUUUAUUUAGCAACAAGCUAACAGAGACAAUGCCAGGGGGGCUCAAACACUCAGAUCCCAAACUAGCAAAUGCUAGCACAAUUGAGGACUCAAAAUUGGUGGAAAGCAUGAAAUUGAGCAAGGCAGCUGACAUGGAUGCUAAGAUAGCAGAGCCUUUAGUGAGCACAAACACUUCAUCCAGAGGUCACUGUUUUUGUCUCGAGUCCAGGGAAGAGUUUAGAUUUCUUGUGAUACCCGACUUCCUGAUUCUGUCUGUGUCCUUACUGUUUCUGGCUUAUGGCUGCAGCGCUCCAGUAGUUUACCUGGUUCCUUAUGCCCUCAGCAUGGGGUUGGAGCCCCAGCAGGCUGCCUUCCUCAUGUCCAUAUUUGGAGUCAGCGGCAUUGUGGGUAACAUCACCUUUGGAUGGAUCACGGACAGGAAGUGUCUGAAGAGGUAUCGCAUGCUGAGCUACAUGAUGGCGAUAGGCAUGGAUGGCCUUUGCUGCAUGUUCAUCCACCUCCUUCACUCCUUCCCCCUCCUGGUCCCAUUUUCUGUACUCUAUGGAUACUUUGACGGGGCGUAUGUGGCGCUUAUCCCAGUGGUGACCUCUGAUGUUGCGGGCUCCACCUACCUGACCUCCGCUCUGGGUGUUGUCUUCUUCCUGCAUGGCAUCCCCUACCUGAUUAGCCCACCAAUAGGAGGUUGGUUAGUAGACAGGACUGGAAAUUACAAGGCAACCUUCUUUCUCAGCGGGGCUUGCUUCCUGUUCAGCUCUGUGGUUCUAGGAGCUGCCAUGCUCGUCAGACGCUGCCAGACGUCCAAGUCUAACUCAGCUGCACGCUUAAAUCCCAAUCACACUGCUGCUGCAGCUCAACAGGGCAUCAUAUGACAAUGCAAUCAGUUCAGGUGCUAUUUUGAUAUGUAUUAUACGCCAUUGAUGUGUUUUGGACACUUGAAGCUCAGACUCAACAAGAGCAAUGCUGUCAGAACCUGUGCCUUUAAAGAAACAAUGCUGUGACUUUAAGACACAGAUUAUCUUGUAAUGGCAUUAUUUUUUCAGUAAGAGUAUUCUGUUUGUUUGAUGUGGAUCUUUUGUUUUGUAAAACUAAAGGGCAUUCAUCCUUCACGGACGCCAAAACUUGCAAGCACUUUUCCAUUAACAUUCACCGUCUUUAGUGAACUUUCCAAUUAUGUUGAGAUGUUCACUCUGAUUUAAUACAGAUUCUAAAGUGUUGCUGUUCAAAAAAAUAUAUUAUUGAAAAAUAUAUUUUUUUAAACUUGGCCCUUAUUUUCCAAAAUGGUCCAUCUUGCCAAUUGAUUAUGUUGGACAUUUCAUUACUACACUUGCAUGUAUCACUGCAGUGUAAGCAGUUAAAACAAUGAUACUCACACCAGUAUUUACCUUUUGAAAUAUAUUUGAACAAUUAUGAUACAUAUGGUCUUGUAGCCAUUGCUCAAAUUGUUCAGUGAUUUUGCGUUGCUGGCUGUCAGUUUCCCGCUGUGUUUGUACCAUAUCAGAAGAAAAGUGUGAUUCAUUUGCAUGUAUCAUGAACAUGUGAAAGAAAUGUUAAUGUUCUUGCACACCAUCACGUCUUAGUAGGAAGUGCAAGGGACCAAAACACUGCAUACUGAGUCUGUGUAAAGUUUUCUGAGUCUGUCACACCACAGUAAAAUGUAGUAACCACCCAGACAAAAGUGUGACUAAAUAAGCAGUAUGUUCUGCUCUGAGACACUGGGGGCAUGUCCGCUGAAGGCGCUGAUGCUGUGUGCUAUGGCUCUAACAUUAGUAGUAACCAUAGACUGAUAGCAGCAUCGUUUUUAUACAGUAGGGGAGGGGUUAUGUUAAAGAUGACCGCGGUGUGAUCUUGAACCAUGAUUUCAGACCGCCCAAAAAAUCCUGGACACAGAAAUGGUUAAAAAAAACAACUGUUUAAUGGUUUUACUCCACAAUUCAGUACUACACAGUUUACAGUCUUCUCACAUGUUUUCAAUAAGUAUUUUUUAACAUAAUGUGAUUGGAACAAAAUCACUAAUUUUGCUUUACCUGAAAUGUAAUGAUGAUGGCUAGAUAUGCUCAGUUUACCAUAAACUUAUAAAGAAUCAUGAACGACCUAUAGUAGGAUAUUUCUUAUCAAGUAUGCUUGAUCGUAUUAAUGUGAAAACAAAUAAUAAUUUCAAUACCUCAUAUUACACAACCUAAUUUAUCGCACCGUUGUGACGAAAAGAGAGCUGAGCCAGAAGGCAAAGCUCUCG